AUGGGUUUGACAACAAGCCGAUUUUUUGAAGAUAUCAAAACUUUUAGAAGUCCUGAUGUUUUAGAAAGGAUGCUUUGCCGCUGGAAAUAUGGACUCCCUUACCGCCUUGCACGUAGGACGACUUAUGAUUUUGCACGGACGAUAUUGAUUCUGGACCAAGGCGAUAUACGCACGACUCGCCAUGGAGACUGUCUCAAACUGUGUACUUACAACGCGAGAACAGUUUCCACAGACGCUGACCUGCAUGCCCUUCUCGGAGCUGCAGAGCGUAUCAAAUUUUACGUGAUUGCUCUGCAGGAGACCAAGUGCAGAAGGAGCGACGUACGACAGAUGAAUGACGGUACACUCGUCAUUCGUGGAGAGAAGGUUCCGUCGCGAAAUGUAAGCGGUGUUGGUUUUGUUGUGCACCCAUCUGUGGUCCAUCUCGUCGAUUCUCACGAGAUCCUGUCACCUCGCCUGGCCAUUCUUCGCCUACGCCCUCUGCGCCGAAAACCCAUCAGCAUCCUCAACUACUACUCACCAACAUCAGCAGCUGAUGAAUCCGCAAUGGACGCGUUUUGCGAGGAGCUGGAGGAAGUGAUGCCCAACGAGAAGCCCUUCUACAAAUUCGUUGUCGGAGACUUCAACGCAAAACUAGGAAAGGCCACAGAAGAGGAAUACAGGUUUGGAAGUUUUGGACUAGGGGACCGGAAUGAAAAUGGCAAUCGUCUCGCCGGGCUGUUGUCCGCCGCUCGCCUCUUUCAUGGGAACUCUCUUUUCAUGAAAAAAGAUCAUCGUCAGUGGACAUGGGAAUCGCCCAAUGGCGCGACUCGUGCGGAGAUCGACCACAUAUUCACCAACCGGAGCCUCACGAUGGAAAAGAACAUCUGCUAUCGGCAACGAAGGAGAAAAGAAGUCGUCUACGACGAUUGCGUACUCGAGGACUCCUUGUCCCAAGGUGACUGGCACAUCGAGGAGGACCCAAACGUGGACUACGAGAUGCUGCUCAGAGGAUUACGAGCCUGUGCUGAACGUGCCUCGAAGCCACGCACGACAAACUUGGAUCGAACUUCGAAGACCACCAAGGAAUUGUUGGAAAGAACAAAGGCUUUGAGGCUUGAUCCGAAUGCAUCGCACAUUGAGCGGCAGAAGAAGAUUCUGGAAGCAGCACAAAGAAGAACGAGUCUAAAGAAGUGCCGCAGGGAUCUCCGCGAAUAUAAUAUUCCGCUAGCAACCUUGCUGAGCGAAGACAGGACUCGCACGUCUUCUCAUCGUGAGAUGGAAAUGAUUACGGAGAGGUUCUACUCGAACCUUUUCCGUUCAUCAACACCUGUGUCAAGCCCAAUCAUCCCCACUGGCGAAGCUCGACCACGGAUUCUUCCUUCGGAAGUACGAGUCGCUAUCAAGACCAUGAAGCCUGGCACAGCCCCCGGACCUGAUUUUAUAUCAGCAGACUUUCUUCGGGCUGGCGGCCAUCCGCUUCAUGUAAUCUUAGCAGCGCACAUGACAUCCUAUCUUCAGAAAGAAAGGAUUCCAGAACAGUGGAAGACCUCGCGAACCGUUCUUAUCCAUAAGAAAGGUGACCGAGAGGACCUUCGGAACUACCGUCCGAUAUGCUUGCUGAGCGUGUUAUACAAAGUAUUCACCAAGAUCAUCCUUACGCGCAUAUCUAGGACGCUGGAUGAAGCCCAGCCUCAAGAACAAGCUGGAUUCCGCCAGAGGUUUAGCUGCUUGGACCACAUCCAGACCGUGUCGAGGGUCAUAGAGCACACCGCCAAAGCCCAUAACCUGAAAGGUCAACUACCUGUAGGGAGCAUGGAAUCUUUGGCAACAACCAUUCGUUUCUUCACGCUGAACUGCCGAACACUAUCGAGUGAACUCCAACAAGCCGCUCUGUCCAGACUUCUGCGAUAUCUCUGUGUGCCUUCUGCUGCACUGCAGGAAACACGCAUGAGGGAUCGGCCCGUCAUCAGCAUCGAAAAUUACACCAUAUACUGCGGCGAUGCUGAUGAGAACAAAGUAGGUGGCUGA